AAUACCAUAGCUUUCAGCCAGUAGUCAGAUGUUUAUUGUACUGCUUACUGUUAUUUGAGGAAUAUCAGCUUAAUCUCAAUGAGCAAUCACAGAGAAUGACGAGAGACAAAAUCAGAGACAGAUAUUUCCCCAUGGUUAAUGCAGAAAGCUCAGUAGAUAUACCACAGGAAAUCACAGAAACACAUAAUGGUGUGAUAGCGUUUAAAUCAGACGACAUCAGACAUGACGUCAUGUACGCCUUUGUUACGGAUUGUAUGGUGGAGGACAGUGAUCUUGAGUUUUUCCUAACCACAGCGUCACGUGACGUAAUAUCAGAAUACUGCCGGUCCUGGAGUUAUGAGAGGAGUGAGGGAGAGAGAUGUCUGUAUGUACCGGGCACUCCGGAGAAGAUGUACGACCUCUUCAUAGACAAACUACAACUGGACAUCAUCACACACUGCACCGUGUCUGAUGGGUGGAUUCAUGACAGUAUCAGUAAACGUUUGAAUAUACCUGAAGAAAUAUUAAGAAAGGAUAUCGAUGCUAGAAAAAGGUUUGUGAAAAACUUCAAGCAAGGAAAAGUUGAAAUGUUUCGCGCCAGAGGAAUGAUAGUUGGAUGUGCAGGUGCAGGAAAAACAACUCUUCUUAAAAAGCUUCACGGAAGCGGUAUAACAGAUGACGAGAAACCAACUGAGACAACUAUCGGCCUUGAGGUCCAUGAAGAUGUAUUUGCUAUUAAGGAAAACAAGUUAACAGAUUUUGCGAAUGCUGACAACAGUAGUAAUCUAUACCUCGACAACAACUUAAUAAGCAUGACAGACUUCGCAGGACAAGUGGCAUACUAUGCAUGUCACCAGGUUUACCUGUCAAGGAGAGCAUUUUAUAUUGUGGUUGUCGAGAUGUCCAAAAAGCUUGAUGAAGAAAGUCGAUUGUAUGACACAGAUCGUCAUGAUCCAACAGGGUCCUUAUUUCAUUCAUGGACUUACGGAGAAUACUUCCAUUUUUGGCUACAAACAAUAAAUACAUACUGCAAUGACGGAAUAACACAAAAGGAUCCGAAAGACACAACAGCAAUCAAAGAUUCCAUGCCAAAUGUCAAUUUACACCCGCUUAUUAUUAUUGCCUCCCAUAAAGACCAGCUGCAGGUCGGAACUUGUAACACAUCAGAAACAUUUUACAGCCAGUUGGAAGCGUGCUUAUCUAAAGAACAAACCCUAAAACGGCUUAUAUCACCAUAUCGAUAUUUUGAAGUAGAAUGUCCACCUAGAGCAUUGACUCAAAAGCAACAAAAGACAAUUGACAUUGUUAAGCAAAGUAUCGUUGAAACUGUACAAAAGCUGCCACACUGGGGGGAAGAAAUUCCUUUGAAAUGGUUUGAACUUGAAAAAAUUCUGAAUAAUGAAAAAGGAAAUGGGAAAAAAGUCAUUAAGAGGUCAGAAUUGAAAGAAACAGCGAAAUACUUUUCAGUAGUCGAAGAUGACCUCAAUGAUGUUCUCCGUUUCUUGCACGAAAUAGGAAAAAUCAUAUACUUUUCUGUGGAUAAACUCAAGGAAACUAUUAUCAUAGAUGUUCAGUGGUUUGUUGAUGCAUUCAAGUACAUCAUAACUGACGAAAAGCAUUUUGCUCGGAAAGACAACAUAAACGCACUAGUUAAUACUGGGAAAAUUACUGGACAAUACAUUGAAGAGAUAUGGAAAAAUAAACAAGGCAAUCGUGAUGUACCCUGUGUUGAUACGAAAGUUGGUGAUGAGACCGAUAAACAUCAUGAUUCCUUGUGGCAAUCUUACUUAAAUCACAAAGAUGAAAUUCUACAAUACAUGGACAAACUUGGCCUGAUGACAAGAAUUGAAGGACAUGUAGGCGCUGACAAUGAGGAGAUGUAUUACAUUCCGAGCAUGAACCGAACCGACUUUUCCAUUGAAAAUAAAGAUGAAAUCAGAGGAAAACAAAAAUCAGCAAUGAUAGUAUACUUUUUCAAGUCCUAUUUGCCUCAUUUUUUUCUUUUUCCGAUUGGUGGUAAGUUGUUUAAAGUUAUGGAAAGUUUGUGAUGAAAAUUCUUUUUUCAAAAAUGCUGCACUUUACAAGGCAGAAGAUGCUGGUCAUUAUUUUGCCAUCGCCGUCAACAAAACCUCAAUCCAGUUGCAGGUUUUUACGCGUGACGAAACCGUGAAACUUAAUGAUAAAUGCGUCAAGAACAUUAGACAAGCAAUGGAAGCCUUUAUAAAGGAAAUAACGGAAACCUUUCACAAGGGAAUUAUCUAUGAUGUGGGUUUUUCAUGUAGCGAUAUAAAAAUUACAGAUGAAGAUGAAGAUUUUUUUUUGAAA